UUUCUUAGAAAUAAUAGAUUUGUGCAGAUAUUUCUACAAACAAGUCUUGAGAAGCUGAAACAGGACCGGGAACCAGAAACUCAUUUCAUUUUCACGGAUUCUGAUAUUUCAGUAAUAGGAGACCUUGAUGAUAUAUUUUCUGACUAUCAUGAUUUUGAUCUGGCUCUUACCUUCCGCAACAACAAAGAUCAACUUCUAAAUUCAGGAUUCAUUGCCGUAAGGGGCACUGCUGAUGGAAUUCAAAAGGGCGUGGCGUUCUUACAAGAAGUACUAGAAGUUUACAGUUCAAAAUUUAUGCGAGCUUCUCGAAUGCUUGAAGACCAAUUAGCUCUUGCAUGGGUUGUUAAAUCUGAACCCAACUUUAACAUGAAAAGGUUCUCUAGAAGAGAGGCUUUCCAAGACAUGAUUGGUGGUGCUUCGGUGCUUUUCCUACCGUGCUUGCUUUAUAAUUGGACACCACCAGAGGGUGCAGGCCAAUUUCAUGGAAUGCAUUUGGGUGUGAAGGUAGUCCAUUUUAAAGGAUCAAGAAAACGACUGAUGCUCGAGGCCUGGAACUACUACCUGUCGUCUCGUCAUAACCUCCCUGAUAUGCUAUGCAUCAUCUUGAGAAGUGGAAGAGCAAAAUAUGACUUCUGAACUCUGUAUGGGCUUCUUUUUCCAUAGCAACCAUCAUUAUCAUUAUCAAGUUGCAUGAUUUGAUCCCUUCAAUUUGAAGGUGUUUCGAUGAACUGAUGCUUCAUCAAGUCCUUCACUCACUGUCACAUGAAACCAUGUUCCAACAGAGCUCCUUAACCGGUGGUUGUUGGUUUCAAGAAGUUAGUAUCUGCUACUGCCCAACACGAGAUUAUCCGGGGACAAGAAGAAAUCCACAUUCGCCAACACGUCUCACUUCUCUGGCACUAACUCUACCUCGUCUUUCCUUUCUCAGCUUCAAAGGCGUGUGCUUUGGAGAUUUGUUUAGAAAACAGUUCAAUUGAAUAGCGACAGAUUACCUAUAAACUCAAGUUUUUACUUUUCAGUAUGGAUCUCAAUGUGACUAUGAAUUCGUUACUGAUAUUUUGUUUUCUUGAAGAGGUAAAAAAAGUGGUCCAGUUGCUAUUAUGUCGAGUUCA